AUGGGUAUCCGAUUAAUGGUGAUUGCGCAUGAGAAGCAAAAGCUCAGGCGAUCUCUUUUGGCAAGAAUGGGAAUGUUUUCAGCCACUAUUAGUGAUGUUCCAAAAGGCCAUUUUGCAGUUUAUGUUGGAGAGUUUACUCACAAGAAGAGGUUUGUAAUCCCAUUAUCUUUCUUGAACCAUCCUCUAUUCCAAGACUUGCUCGACCUGGCUGAGGAAGAAUUUGGUUACGAUCAUCCUACGGGCGGUCUCACUAUUCCUUGCAGUGAAGAAUUCUUCACUUGUUUAACUUCAGCUCUAAAUUGCUCAUAAAAAUGAAAACUCAAAGAGAGAGAGAGAGAGAGAGAGAGAGAGAGAGAGAGAGAGAGACAAUGAACUACAUUUUCAAUUUUGGUUAUUGUGGGUUCUUGCCAAAUAGCAUUCGUGGGAUGUCUUGCAUUUGUAAAUAAAUUUUUUAUAAUUAGA